AUGGCUUGCGAGUGGAGCAAAGCCAUGGGAGAAGAGGGCUUAUAUGAGGAAGUGAUUGAGGCUAUUCUGAAAAUGGGUUUCAAGCGCAAAGCUUCAUUUGCGCAUGCCUUUGUCGACUCGAACGUCUUCGAAGAUUGGCUUACACGUUUCAAACUGAAGUUGGAUUCGUUCAAAGACCUGGACGAUGCGGAAUGGUUGACAUCGCCCACAUGUGGAGACCUCCGCGCGUUUUGGAAGAAGAGUUCGGGUGAAGAAUUGCCGGCUCCUGCCAGUGCCAAGCAUUUGCCAUUGUUGGGCUCCUUGAGUCUACCAGCCAAAUUUGGUGCUGCGGAUCGCGAAGCCUUGCUGAAAGUAUUUGAAAGCAACUACCCAGGAGCCGCGCUCACUCCCGAGACAACCCCGUGUUUGCCCUAUCUGCAGACUAUCCAGAGCCAAUGUCAACAGAAAUCUUGGGCUUGGGUCGCAUGGCGCAGGAUCCUGUCCGAAGCUGCGCUUUGGGAUGUCCAAAGCCGCAAAGCGGGCACAAAAAAGAGGGGUCUGACGGAGGUCUUGGCUGAGGCAGCAGGUCUGUGUGGUGAAGAAUGGGACUUGGACAUGGGGGGGUCGCCCCGUCGCAUUUUCAAAUUCUUUGCACUCGUGCACAUGCUUACGCCCUUUGUGGAUGCCGACCGGGAGGUGUUGACUGAAGUCUUCAAGCAGGUGCUUCGUGAUGGAGUGUCCCUGGACACCGCCCUUGAUUGUGUGGUUCGUGAAGAUUUCUUUCGUCAUUAUCUUGGCCCGAGGCCCAGAUUGGUACAGAAAGCCUUGCCCGGCCUGGAAGAGGAUGGUGUGGUCAAAAAGCCAAAGCGUCGGUUGCCGCAGCCUCUCACUGAUGGCAAGAAGCAACGGGACAACCAGGGCAAGGGCAAGCUAACUGGUGAGCCAAAGCAGCGAGCUCAAUCUCAGUGUUUUGCCUUCAAGAAAACUGGGAAGUGCGCCUUUGGUGACGACUGCAAAUUCCAACACGCCGAGUGA